GGACCAUCUGGUUUCAGCAGAUAUUAAGCUUGAUUUAUUUUGAAGAACAUCGCAAAAGGACUGGGAAUCUGAAUACAGUUGAUCAAGUCCCCUUCUUCGAGUACCACAGUAAAAAAAUAGAUUUUGCUGAAAAACCAUCUCCUCGUCUCUUUAGUACCCACCUCCCAUAUUACUUGUUUCCAAGUGGGGCGAAGAACAAAAAACCAAAAAUUAUUUAUGUAUACAGAAACCCUAAGGAUGUUAUGUGCUCAUAUUAUUACUUUUUCAAGAAUGUGACCUUACAACUUACAGGUUCCUUUGAGGAAUUUUUUGAACAAUUUCUAGAAGGAAAAGUAAUAGGAAGCCUUUGGUUUGACCACAUCAAAGGUUGGUAUGAGCACAAAAGCCUCUUCAACAUUCAUUUCAUGAUGUACGAGGAGAUGAGGAAGGUGAGGAACAUGACAUGAGUGACUACAUUGAAGGUGUAAGCCAGCCUUGCCAAGUGAAUUGAUUGUUCAUGCCU